AUGUCAGAACAACGCCACCUUCUUUUGCUGCAUCCCGCGGUCACUGUGACGCCUGAAAAAGUCGAAGACGUGAAAAAGAACACUGUACUCAGUGAGUGUGGGAUUUUGGACCAGUUUCUGAUCAACAAGCUCAACGAUGGUACUGUCAAGGUAGAGGACGGAACAUACGACGUGGUGUACUAUUUGACGCCGGAAAAAAUAGAGGAGAUCCAGUUUCCAGCAAAACUUAUACCAGUGCUGACGCAGAGUCUGAAAGUAGGCGGGAAACUUUAUGGACUGAGCGACGCAUACAAAGUGCAAGCACUGAUAAACGGGCUGGAAAUUGUUUCUAGGGGCGAAAACUACCACUGGGUCAAGAAAUCGAACUCGCACAACGCCACGGCACCAGUGGCUCUGAACUUGAGGGCGCCGUCGAAGCCAACCAACUUGGACGGGCCCUCUGGGUCUAUAAGCAAGAAGCUCAGAGCGCUCCCCACGUUCAAAAAACUGUCGCCACAAGCUGCAUCUAAACCACUACCCACAUUCAAAAGACCCGAGUCUCCGAAAUUCGCGGACGAGGUAGACGAGGACGACAGUGAGCAACAGGACGACGAGUCGGACCAAGAUUCGGACGAGCUGACUGCUGCCAAAUCGAAGUUCUUCGACAACGUGGAGGGCGACGACUCGGCAGAGUCGAUCGACGAAAACGAGCUAGUAAACGAAGACGAAAAGAACGUCAUUACGGUGGUGACGUGCGGCAAGACCAAGACCAGAAGACGCAAGGCUUGCAAGGACUGCACCUGUGGUCUAAAGGAACAGGAAGAACAGGCCAUGGACGCCGCUCGGGCUGCGCAGGACAGCGUUCUGGGCCAAGAGGUCAAGUUUGACGAACAAGAGCUAUCGGAGAUCGAUUUCACAAUCCAGGGUAAAAAAGUGGGCGGAUGUGGAUCCUGCGCGCUGGGCGACGCCUUCAGAUGUUCCGGGUGUCCCUAUCUCGGGCUGCCUGCUUUCAAGCCUGGUCAGCCCAUCAGUUUGGACAGCAUUGCGGACGACUUGUAA